AAAAAAAUUAUUCUUUUAUACAACAUAGCAAAUAACAAUAUUCAAAUGCCAUAGUAAAAUUAGAUUGUCCAAAGUAGGAACAAUGAAGAUUUUAAAUGUUGCUGAGAAAAAUGAUGCUGCCAAAAAUAUUGCAGGAUAUUUAUCGAGAGGCAAUUUACGACGGAGAGAAGGACUCUCCAAAUUUAAUAAAAUAUAUGAAUUCACGAGUCAACUGUGGAAUCAAAAUUGUCAAAUGAUCAUGACUUCUGUCUCUGGACAUUUAAUGGGAUAUGAUUUUGUCGGUACUUAUCGUAAAUGGUACGGUUGCUCACCGCUUACGCUUUUUGAUGCACCAAUUAUUAAAAGUUGUACAGACGCGUCUUAUGAGAAAAUUAAAAAGACUUUAGAAAAGGAAGUUAAAUCUUGCAGCGCUUUAAUUAUAUGGACAGAUUGUGAUAGGGAGGGAGAAAAUAUAGGCUUUGAAAUAAUUCAAGUUUGUCAAGCUGUGAAACGUAAUAUACAAAUAUACAGGGCAAAAUUUUCUGAAAUUACACAAAUUUCUGUGGAUAGAGCUCUUCAAAAUUUAGAAGAACCAAACAAAGCUAUAAGCGAUGCAGUUGAUGUACGAAGCGAACUAGAUUUAAGAAUAGGUGCUGCCUUUACAAGGUUUCAAACUAUGAGGCUUCAAAAGGCAUUUCCUAGAAAUUUAGCAGAAAAACUUAUAAGUUAUGGACCAUGCCAAUUUCCAACAUUAGGAUUUGUGGUUGAAAGAUUUCUAGCCAUUGAAAGGUUUCAAUCAGAACCUUACUGGAAAUUGAAAGUUACACAUUUUCAAAAUGAUCUUACGGUGGAAUUUAGAUGGGCUAGAAACAGACUGUUUGAAAAAUUACCUUGCGAAGUUUUUCUAGAUAUAUGUCAAGAAAAUUCACAGGCUACGGUGGAGAAGGUGACGAGUAGACCUAAAAGUAAAUGGAGACCAUUGCCACUUGAUACAAUUGAAUUGGAGAAACAAGGCUCGCGUAAGCUGCAUCUCAAUGCGAAAGAAACAAUGAAAAUAGCUGAAAAGUUGUAUUCCCAAGGAUUCAUUAGUUAUCCGCGUACCGAAACUAACAUAUUCCCAAAGGAGAUGAACUUGAUGCAGUUGGUCACCCAGCAGGCGGUGGAAAACACGGGUUGGGGCAGAUACGCGCAACGCGUCCGAGACGAAGGCAUAACACCAAGACAGGGCAAAAAAAGUGAUCAGGCUCAUCCUCCGAUUCACCCGACAAAGUUUACCGACUCCUUGCAAGGGAAUGAAGCGCGAGUGUACGAAUUUGUAGUGAGGCACUUUCUGGCUUGCAUUUCAAAAAAUGCCGAAGGACACGAGACGAUUGUCGAGAUCGAUAUAGCGGGCGAGAAAUUCCUGACAAACGGCUUGCAAAUAUUAGCGAAAAACUACUUAGAGGUCUAUAUAUACGAGAAAUGGAACGCUAAGGAGAUCCAUAUAUAUGAGCAGGGACAGACUUUUAUGCCGACUACCAUUGAUAUGCUCGAGGAGUCGACUUCGCCACCGAAUCCCUUGACCGAGGCCGACCUCAUUGCGCUUAUGGACAAAUAUGGAAUUGGUACUGACGCCACUCAUGCCGAACAUAUUGAAACGAUCAAAUCUCGCUUUUAUGUGGGGCUAAAGGAUAGCAAGUAUCUAAUGCCCGGGAGGUUGGGUAUCGGCCUUGUCAUGGGCUACGACCGCAUGGGAUUUCAAAUGUCCAAGCCUCACCUCAGAGCUGAACUGGAGAACGAUUUAAAAUUAAUUUGCGAUGCACUAAAGCACCCUGACGAAGUACGUCAAUGUCAAAUAAAUAAGUACCGCGAAGUGUUCAAGCAGGCCGUGGCAAUGGCUAACGUUAUCGACACGGCGCUCUCCGAGUACUUGGACGAGCAGCCGUCCAGGAUCGAAGCGGCUGAUAUCCCAGUGACCGUGGAGGACGUGCCCAUCCUCAAGUGUCCCAAAUGUAAUUCCGAUAUGGUUCUGAAAACGAAGAGGCAAGGAAAUGGGAAGUUCAUCGGCUGCAUGGCCUAUCCCACUUGCAAUAAUGUCAUAUGGUUACCGGACAGUGUCGAGGACGUGGAGGUCCUGAACGAGGGCUGCAGUCUCUGCCCGAGUAACAUAUUGAAGAAGAUAAAGGUAAAAUUGAAGCGAAAUGCGUUCCCGGUCCUCGGUCCCACCUAUACUGCGUGUAUAGGGGGCUGCGACACCAUGUUCAACAACAUGAUGGGUGUGUUGGGGCACACGGUCCGACGAACCCAGGGUAUCAACGACACCGGCUAUGAGAGUAACGUCUCAUCGGGUGGACGUUCGACUCAGGUCUCGACUAGGCGCGGGCAGCCAGCGUCGAGAAGUGGUAACGCCGUAUCUUCAUCGAGAGGUAGUAAUGCCCCGGCUACAUCGAGAAGUAGUAAUUCCACGGCUACAUCGAGAAGUAGUAAUUCCGUGGCUACAUCGAGAAGUAGUAAUUCCUUGGCUACAUCGAGAAACAACAGUACAGGAGGCCUUUUCGCAUCUUCUUCGAGGAACAGCAGUGCCGGGGGUUUCUCCACACCUCGUUCGAUAAACAGCAACGCCAGAGAUUUUUCCGCACCGAUAAACAAUGGUGCCGGGGGUUCUUUGACCACUGACAUUAGACGAGCACCAACUGCGAGUACCAGCGUGAUGAAUUAUGACUGGGGUAACGAGAACAACACCGAGAUCGUGUGCAAUUGUCACGAGCCGGCCAAACAAUUGGUAGUGAGGAAGGAGGGUCCUAAUCAAGGUAGACAAUUUUAUAAGUGCGCCAAGCCAGCGGGAGAGGGUUGUAAUUUCUUUCUUUGGAGUACCGAAGCUAAUCCCGAACCAGCUAAUAACACUACAUCAUCGAUGCAAAGAUCAUCGCAAAACCAUUGGAGCUCGAAUCAGACCUUCCAGAAUAACGAGCAAAAUUAUCAAAAUCCUUCGAGCAGCAGGCAAAAUAGUUGGAAUUCAUUCGAAAAUUCUACGAACUGGGACGAUGAUACAACCGGAUGGAACAGUAGUAACGAAAUAAUGUGUAAUUGUGGCAAUACAGCAAAAAAGAGCAGAAAUGAAAUGACGGAGCUGUCGACUAAAUGUUGUUUUAGGCUGACGGUAAAUAAGGAUGGUCCGAACAAGGGUCGUCAAUUUUACCGUUGCUCGCAGAGUUCUGGCAAUUCCUGCAACUUCUUCCAGUGGAUCGACAACGUCGACAGGGGCUCGUCUGGACAAAGCAGUAGGGCUGACCCGUCGAGAAGGGAAGAGGGCCAGGGAAGAAGACGUGGUAGCGGAGCAAUGAGCGGUCCCAGCUUUAGGCGCCCUCGAGCAGCUGGAAGCGUCAGACGCAAAUGUGGCAUCUGCGGUGUCGAAGGCCACACGAAAAGAACAUGCCCUCUUAAUGCCAUGGACUAACGACGAAUCAACAAGUUAUAAUUUACCAUCAAUU